UUGAAGAUCUCUUCACUGUGAGUCAGAAGAAGCUCAAGCAAAUCACCGAUCAUUUUGUCAAGGAGUUGGAGAAAGGUUGGGCUGAUUGAACUUCAACACUAUUUAUAUAAACGAAAUGCAAAGCUGACACACGGUCGUCGCAUAGGUUUAAGCAAAGAGGGUGGUAAUAUUGUCAGUAUACGGACCGGUCCCUCCUCGAUCAUGGCCAGGCUAACAGCAGAGAUAAGCCAAUGAACGUUACCUGGGUUAUGGGAUUUCCCUCUGGUGAUGAAGAAGGAAGGUACCUGACCAUCGACAUGGGCGGUACAAACCUGCGAGUGUGUGAAGUUGCCUUGACGGACGGGAGGGGCGAAUUUGAAAUCACACAAGACAAAUACAAGAUGCCAUCAGACCUGAAGUCGGGCACAAAAGAUCAGCUGUGGGACUUCGUAGCAGAAUCUAUGGACAACUUUUUGAAGAAGCAUCACCGUGGAGGGCAAACGUCUGAGAAGCUGCCACUCUCGUUCACAUUCUCAUAUCCUGUGACACAACCUACUAUCAGAAAUGGUAUCCUGCAGCGGUGGACAAAAGAUCUCGACGUCAAGGGUGUCGAAGGGCAGGAUGUAACCCCUCAAUUAGAAGCUGCUUUUGAAGCAAAGAAAGUACCUGUCCAUGUUGUCGCACUGGUUAAUGAUACAACAGGAACAUUGAUUGCUUCCCACUACGCUGACCCGAAGGUGAAGAUCGGAAGUAUCUUCAGCACGGGCUGCAAUGCAGCAUACAUGGAAGAAGCGGGCUGCAUCCCGAAGAUUGCAGAUGCUGGGCUGUCACCAGAUACUCAAAUUGCGAUCAAUACGGAAUAUGGUGCCUUUGACAACGAGCAUAAAGUGCUGCCUAUUACCUCAUUUGACCGAGAAAUCGAUGAAGGUUCACCGCGACCUGGCCAGCAAACGUAUGAAAAGAUGGUCGCUGGGCUGUACCUGGGGGAGAUACUCCGCCUUGUCAUGAUCCACCUUCAUGAUAAUGAUGGACUUUUCAAGGGCCAGGAUAUCUCACGUCUGCGUGAGGCUCAUGUUAUUGACACCUGUUUCCUGUCGACGAUCGAGGAAGACAUUUCUGAAUCGAUGAAAGAUAUAUAUGACGCAUUUAAUAGGGAGUUAGGUAUUAAACCGGCUUCUCACGAGCUCAAGGUGUGUCGAUACCUGGUUGAGCUUAUCGGGACGCGCGCUGCACGGCUGUAUGCCUGUGGAAUAGCUGCUAUCUGCAAGAAGAAAAACAUCACUUCCUGUCAUGUCGGCGUCGAUGGGUCCGUAUUCAACAACUACCACCGAUUCAGAGAUCGAGCCGCUCAGGCUCUUCGCGAGAUCCUAGACUGGCCCGAAGGAACAGACGAUCUUGUCACACUCCAGUCAGCAGAGGAUGGCUCUGGAGUUGGCGCUGCACUUAUCGCGGCGUUGGCUGUGGAGCGAUCCUAACGUGGUCAAAUUAGAGAACUCUACUUAAUAGAUUAUGCGUCUAGCCUUCUGACGACCGCAAACUACA